AUGACGCCAAUGGAGCCUGGACUCAACCUGCUGAAGCUGGAUCGCACAGCCAACGAAGACAGGAGCCUGCCUUACCACUUGGUGGUGGCCUACUCCAAGGCACACUGGAGUGCAGCCAAGCACCUGCUACAGUACCUACAAGGAAUGAUUCACUACACAAUCAAGUUCAACUGCUUGAGUCUUGAAGACCACACUUGGCAUUCAACAACUGGAAUCGUCUGCACCCUACUCAGCGCGCCCAUCUACUGGUCUUUGAAAUCACAACGCUGCAUCGCGCUGUCCACCUGCGAAGCGGAGUACAACUCGCUGACGGAGGCAGCCAAGCAGUCAGUCUAUCUUUGUGACAUCUGCGACGACCUCAGCCUCACAUCGAGCAGACCAACAAUCAUCUACAACAACAACCAGGCGGCGCUCAAGAUCGCCAACUCCAACCCUGGCAAGCACCACCCACGAUCAAAGCACUACGCAGUCAAGCUCACGUACCUUCAAGAGUUGAUCGCCAAUGGACACGUCAAGCUACGCCACUACCCCUCUCAAGACAUGCCCGCCGACGCGCUCACCAAGGCCUCCGGACGAACGCGCGUCAUUGAGCAGCUGAAGUUAUUCAGCAUGUUCGAUUCCCCGGUUUCGAUCAAGGGGCGUGUUGAGGAGCGCACGUGA